AAGUGUGUUUUCCAUGUACACUCAUUCCUGGACUAUGACUAAAAUAAGUGACGUUUAACAUUUACUUAGACGCGCUGAGCCCAGAUUCACUCCUGGAGCGGCAUGUCAGCGGCAGCAGGGAACAAUCCCCCUGAGGAACUCCAGGUUUUUCUCCAUUUUAUUUUUAUUUUUAUUUUCAUUUUGCUCUUCCGACCAUAUCCAUCUCUCAGCAGCGUCGUUCUCCUUUGAGUCCGAAGUAACGAUGGACUCGGCACCAGCCGUACUGCUCCUGCUGUGCGGUCUGAGCGUCUCUCUGGCGACUGAUGGAGAAGCUGCGGGCGCGAUUUUCUUCAAUCCAGAGGAUGCGGUCGAUUACAAGGAUCCAUGCAAAGCAGCUGCCUUUUUGGGAGACAUUGCUCUGGACGAAGAAGAUCUUCGUAUGUUUAAAGUAAGCCAGGACGUCGAUCCAGAGCAACAUGUUAAUCACACAAACUCAGCUGGUAAUUCCUCUUCCAAUGACGGAGCUGCAGACGGUCUGAGUCCACAUAGGCAGAAGCGAGCAGCCUCCUCCAGGCCGGAGCGAGUGUGGCCGGACGGCAUCAUCCCGUAUGUGAUCGGUGGGAAUUUCAGUGGCAGCCAGUGUGCCAUAUUUCGUCAAGCGAUGCGCCACUGGGAGAAACAUACAUGUGUGAUAUUCACAGAGAGAACAACUGAAGAGAGCUACAUUAUUUUUACCUACAGGCCUUGUGGAUGCUGCUCCUACGUGGGGAGGAGAGGUGGCGGGCCUCAGGCGAUCUCCAUUGGGAAGAACUGCGAUAAGUUUGGCAUCGUGGUUCAUGAACUCGGCCACGUGAUCGGCUUCUGGCACGAACACACUCGUCCUGACCGUGACGAGCAUGUAAGCAUCGUCAGAGACAACAUCCAACCAGGUCAAGACUAUAACUUCCUGAAGAUGGAACCUGGAGAGGUGGACUCUCUGGGGGAGGGCUAUGACUUUGGCAGCAUCAUGCAUUAUGCAAGGAACACGUUUUCCAGAAGCAUCUUCUUGGACACCAUCUUGCCUCGUUACGAUGUCAACGGUGUUCAACCCUCCAUUGGACAGAGAACAAGGCUUAGUGAAGGAGACAUUGCUCAAGCCCGCAAACUCUACAAAUGUGCAAGAUGUGGGGAAAGUCUGCAGGACAGUGCUGGAAACCUUUCUUCUCCUGGUUUUCCAAACGGAUACUCAGCAUACACUCACUGUGUUUGGAGGAUUUCUGUCACACCAGGAGAAAAGAUUGUCCUUAAUUUCACUUCCAUGGAUCUCUUCAGGAGUCAUCUCUGCUGGUACGACCACGUAGAAGUUCGAGACGGAUUCUGGAGAAAAGCUCCCCUAAAAGGGCGUUUUUGUGGCGACACGACUCCAGAUCCGAUCGUCUCCAACGACAGUCGUCUUUGGAUCGAAUUCAGAAGCAGCAGCAGCUGGGUGGGCAAAGGCUUCUCUGCUUCUUAUGAAGCCAUCUGUGGUGGGGAGUUGGCGCGAGAUAGUGGCCAAAUCCAGUCCCCCAAUUAUCCUGAUGACUACCAGCCCAACAAAAUGUGCGUGUGGAAGAUCACAGUGGCAGAAGGUUUUCAAGUCGGCCUCACCUUUCAGUCAUUUGAGAUUGAGAAACACGACGCCUGCACCUACGACUACGUGGAAGUCAGGGAUGGCGGUUCGGACAGCAGCCCGCUCCUCGGCCGGUUCUGUGGGUACGCCAAACCGGAGAACCUCCAGAGCAGCUCCAACCAGCUCUGGAUGAAAUUUGUUUCUGACGGCUCGGUCAACAAGGCAGGGUUUGCUGCCAGCUUUUUGAAAGAGGUGGAUGAGUGCUCCAGACCUGACAACGGGCACUGUGAGCAGCGCUGCAUGAACACGCUGGGCAGCUACAGAUGCGCCUGCGACCCCGGUUUUGAGCUGGCAGCAGACAGACGCAGCUGUGAGGCUGCCUGUGGCGGCUUCAUCACCAGCCUGAAUGGCUCCCUCAGCACCCCAGGCUGGCCCAGAGAGUAUCCCCACAACAAGAACUGCGUGUGGCAACUGGUGGCGCCAGUUCAGUACCGGAUCACCCUGACGUUUGAUGGCUUUGAGACAGAAGGAAACAACGUGUGUAAGUAUGAUUACGUUGAAGUGCGCAGUGGGCUGAGUGCCGACUCCAAGAUCCAUGGGAAGUUCUGUGGCACAGAGAGACCCGACGUUAUCACCUCCCUUCAGAACAACAUGAGGAUUGAGUUCAAGUCGGACAACACCGUGUCCAAGAGGGGCUUCAAGGCCCACUUCUUCUCUGAUAUAGACGAGUGCUCCAAAGGUAACGGAGGAUGCCAGCACGAAUGUGUGAACACCUUUGGAAGCUACAGGUGUCAGUGCCGGAGUGGGUUUAUGCUGCACGAUAAUAAGCACGACUGCAAGGAAGCUGGGUGUGAUCACUUCGUAAACACCGUAUCCGGCACAAUCAGCAGUCCCAACUGGCCCAACAAGUAUCCCAGCAAGAAGUCCUGCACCUGGUCUCUGUCCACCACACCGGGCCAUCGGAUCAAACUCAUUUUUAACGAGGUUGACAUGGAGGCUCAUCUUGAGUGUGCUUAUGAUCACCUGGAGAUCUUUGAUGGCAGAGACGUUCGUGCCUCGAAGCUGGGCCGCUUUUGUGGCACCAAAACACCCGAUCCAGUUACAUCCAGCAGCAACAAGAUGUUCCUGCAUUUUUUCUCUGACAACUCGGUGCAAAAGAGAGGAUUUGAGGCUUCGUACAGAGCAGAAUGCGGAGGAAGCCUUGAAGCAGAGGUCAAGACAAAAGAACUGUACUCUCAUGCACAGUUUGGAGAUAACAACUACCUCGGCAGCUCCGACUGUCUGUGGGUGCUCACCGCUGAGAAGGGCUACGGCGUGGAGAUUAUCUUCCAAGUGUUUGAGAUUGAGGAGGAGGCGGACUGCGGCUAUGAUUAUUUGGAGCUGUACGACGGCGCUGACAUCAAGUCCCCCAGACUGGGCCGAUACUGUGGAUCAGUGGCUCCAGAGGACGUCUACUCAGCCGGAGACGCCAUCGUUUUAAAGUUCCACUCAGACGACAGCAUCAGUAAAAAAGGCUUCCACGCACGCUACACCAGCACAAAGUUCCAGGACACCCUACACACCAGCAUCUAGGCCCAAUCGCAGACUCCCAUCUCCAACAUUUGGACGGUCACACCCAUUUCCAGGCGACGGGUAAAUGCUCGGCUUGAUACCACAAACACCACCCUGCAUACUUUACAUCUGCAAGACUAAUUGAAACCAUACGGAGAAAUCUGUCUUUGCAUUCAGAGCUGUUUAGUUCCAGAGGAAAUUAUGGAUUCAUAAUGGCCACCUCACUUUUUAGAAACUGGCUACAGAAACACACUGGAUUAAGAUAUAAAAUGUAUAUAUUGAAAUACAGUUUGAUGUGAGUCUAGACUUAUAAAACCAUCUGAAGGAGACGUCAACUUUUAACAAUAUCAUGUAAUUUUAAGAAUUUGCAAAUACUGAAGGGAGAAUUAAAUCAUCUGGAUUUCUUUUUUGUUUUUUUUUAGCGUGAAUGGAUGCAGUGCGACUCAGAUACCUGAGUCAUCUUUACUGAAUGAAACAUACGUUACUGAUAUUUAUAAUCGAAGAUACUUAGAGAUUUUAUUUACUCAAAAUUUCCAAUCUCCUUUUUUUUGCAUUCUUUCCACCCUUUUAAGAGCCUCUCAUCUUGACCCUCUAAUCAUCUGCUUGUGUUCUGACAUCAUCUGCUGCAAAUACAAAGAAAAUAUGAAGCUGCUGAAGAGAACAUAAGUGGCAAAUUGUGAGAAAGAAAAAAAGCUUUAUGGAUUGUGCAGUAAAGAAAUAAAUAAAUGCAAUUGCUGAAAAUGG